AGCCAGAGCGAUUCCUCAAUUUCCCUCCCUCACUAGAUUGGUAAAAAAACGCGCUCUUCGCUGUGAUUUUUUUCACUUUUCGAACGAACGCGAACACGAACGGUUAUUCUGCUUUUUAGCUCCUCUUGUUCUGUUUUUGUGUUUGCCGCGACGUAAACAACCGAAGAGCGGAGCUUGCGCCUCCUCCGCCCCACGCCCCCCUCGCAACGUGUGCUCGUUGUAAGUGCAAUUAAUCGUCGUUGGCCGCCGAAAAAAAUUCGGGAGUCCGAAAAGGUUGACAAAAAAGGGCAACAAAAAGCACAAGUGCAGAAAAAAGCAGAAACUUGCGAACGCGUGUGUGUGAGUGCUGGUGUGCGUUGGUGUCCGUGUGUAUAUUUUUGGCGUGCGCGGCCAUUUUUUCUUGUUGCCACUCGAGAGUCUCUUCUGUGUGCGAAAGAGAGGCCCGACCGCCCGCAAAGAAGACGUAGCAAACUACGCAAAUCCCCACUAAAUUCGCUAAUUUGCGCAAAAUAAAUCAAUCGCGGGAGGCGCCGAGAAACAAACAAAACGUACAAAAAUAAAGUGCCGCAAACCACAAACAAUUUACCUGCGUGUGUGCCCGUGUCUGUGUGUUUGCCAAAGAGGCGAGCUCACCCAACCACCCACAAUCAGUCGGCGAACACGUGCUCCAAAAUAUCAACAAAACUUGGCCCACAAAUAUAAAAAAGGGGCAACAACUGCAUCGGAACCGAACGCCGGAACACAAAAGGCACUUUCAAAUUGCACAAAAACGCGCCGAGUUGUGUAAGCCCGCCAGUGGAGUGUCGACUUCCCGACGACGAAGACCGACCGCUUCAUUCUUCUUUCGCCCACCCCCCUUGGAUAGGCUCAGUUCGCUGCCAGCCACGCCCCCAAGCUGGACGCUCGCACCAUCGCCUACCGCCCGCUGACCCUUGGCGGCCACCAGACGCCGCUUAUGGCCGAACUGCCGACGGCGCCGAACGGCGUCCCCAGCGGCGAUUACCUGCACCGCUCCAUCGACCAGCUGCGUUCCCUGGGUCACCUGACCACUGCCCAACUGGUCCACGAUUACAAGCCCUUCAACAUCAGCGAGUUCCGCCAGAAUGUCGCCGAGCGACUGGACUACUCGCUGAAGAACGGCCUGGUGCAGCACCAGCAGCAAAUGGUCAUGGAGCAGCAGCCACAUCCCGAUGCGCAGCAGCAGCAGCAGCAUCUGCACCACCCACAGCAGCAGCAGCAGCAUCCGCCGCAGCUGAAGGUCAGCUACAGUGCGCCCAACUCACCGCCCACGCCACACGAGCAGCAGGAGCAGAAGUACGAUCCGAGUCGAUCGCCGCCGCGUCAGCAGAUGAGCAGCGCCAGUGGAAGCGGCAGCAACGGAUCCUCGCCGGAGGAGGAGAGUCGCCGGGGCGGCGACGGUGAUCAGGCAAAGCCCUACAAGUGCGGCUCGUGCAGCAAGUCCUUUGCCAACUCCUCGUACCUGUCGCAGCACACGCGGAUCCACCUGGGAAUCAAGCCGUACCGCUGCGAGAUCUGCCAGCGCAAGUUCACGCAGCUAUCGCAUCUGCAGCAGCACAUCCGUACGCACACGGGCGACAAACCGUACAAGUGCCGGCACGCCGGCUGCCCGAAGGCCUUCUCGCAGCUCUCCAAUCUGCAGUCGCACUCGCGUUGCCAUCAGACCGACAAGCCGUUCAAGUGCAACUCCUGCUACAAGUGCUUCGGCGACGAGAUGACCCUGCUGGAGCACAUACCCAAGCACAAGGACUCCAAGCACCUGAAGACGCACAUCUGCAGUCUGUGCGGCAAGUCGUACACGCAGGAGACCUACCUGCAGAAGCAUCUGCAGAAGCACGCCGAGAAGGCGGAGAAGCAGCAGCACCGGCACACGGCCCAGGUGGCUGCCCACCAGCAGCACGUUCCGGCGAGUGGGAUCGGCCUGAAUCUGCAGCGCCAGGCCAUGAACGAUGUGAAUGCCGCCUACUGGGCGAAGAUGGGAGCAGAUAGUGCGGCGGCCUCGCUGGCGGAGGCCAUUCAGCAACAGUUGCCGCAGGCCGCAGGUCAGCCAUACGGCAAUUUCGCCUCCCUGCAGCAGCAACAUCAGCAGCAGCAACAGGAGCUGCUGCAGCAGCAUCAUCAGCGUCUGGCGGACACUCCCGGGCAUUCGCACAGUCCGCACGAGGAGGCGGCGGGCGAGGAUCUCGUCCUGCGUCAGUCCACGCCACAACAUCACCUCCAGCAGCAGCAGCAGCAACAGCAGGCGCAGCAGCAACAACAGGCGCAGCAUCAGCCAUCGCCUGGUCAAGGAUCCUCGGCCUUCACUCCACUGGCAGCCACUGUGGCUCCACCACCGCCGCCACAUCUUCAACAGCAUCGCGGACCGCCGGCGGCCACCGCCGCCUAUCUCUAUCAGCAGAACGCGGCGGCUGCAGCGGCCGCCUUCCCCACGCAGCUCAUCUCGCUGCACCAAAUCCGCAACUAUGCCCAUCAGCCAGGAGCGGCGGGCCUCAUCGCUGGCGAUCACCUCACCCUGGGCCUGAGCGCCGUGAAUGCCACCAAGGAAAAGGCGCAAUAGUACAGGCCAGGUCGUGGCCAAAAGAGGCAGCAACGAUGACAUUAGCCUAAGGUCUCCGUUUAAACUGGUGUGGAUUUAAGUAAGAACUCUAUUUGAAUCCACAUCAAUUGAAACAAUUAGAGUAAAAAUAAGUUAUGCUUAGAUAGUCGCAAGUUGGCAGUGGCGUAGGAGCUGGGAUUGUUACUGGUUUCCCUUAGACAUUCUUCCAACACAUAAAUUAUAUUUAGAUAACCCAAAAGUUGUAUACGAUUCGGCCAAAAUCAACUCCAUCACUGCCUAAACCAAUAAGGAAACCAACUACAAUCCACUGUUCUUUCGCCCUGCUCAACUUAAAGUUUAAGAACAUUAUAUCUAGGACAACUCAGGAUUUUCUACACGAUAUUUAUGCCUAUAUCUAUAAGCAAUAUUCAAA